AUGGCGGCUCUUGACCUUAAAAUGGAGCCCUACAAUGAUAGCCCAAAUGCUGCUACCAAGGCAAGUUUGUCAUUUUCCUCACUCAAAUCGAAGUUGCUGCAUAAGUCAACCACGUAUCAAAGCGUCGGAGGGACAACAUUCUCUACCGACAAACUAUUCCUCAUCUUGCAGGACUUUCUGCAGUUAAACACAACCAUAUCUCUUGAUUCUGUCGUCGAGUCUAUUGCCGCCCUCAUUCCAGAGAAUGCACCUUUGUCAAAUGAAAUCUGGUCAUUCGGAGAGUUAUGCUUUGAACUGGCUGAACAAAUUCCAUACCAUCACCCAUCUCAACCAAAGCCCGUUCGACUUCUCGAAUUACUUGGAAAUUCGGCGAAGGUUACUCAGAAACACAAGUUAAAGGACGAACAAGAGGUGUAUUCUCACUAUCAAUGGUUUGGCGAAUCCAUGAGAGACGUGUAUUUUUUCGUCCCCCUUCCAGUAGCAGCUUUAACAGCUGGUACACAUGGAAAAGUAGAUAUUGAAAAGUUUGGAGGAAGCAUUACCCCUCUAAACCUUCAAGACCCAACAAUUUAUGUUUCCAAGGCACCACCCUGUGUUAAAGAAAUCGGUAGACCAUUCGUAGCAUCUCCGAAUUGUCAAACGCAAAGCCUGUCACAGUCGAUUGCCAGGAAGCUCCGCUCAUGGACUAUCGUUCCCCUCCCUUUCCCAACAUCCGACACUACUGACAUAAUACCCUUCUCUCCCCGACGGCGACAUUCUGCUCCAUGCGGGCGAUCUCUCACAGACGGACUCUUCGAUGAGAUCCAAGCACAACUAGAUUGGCUGAACACACAACCUCAUAGACACAAGGUCGUCAUUGCCGGUAAUCAUGAUCUUAUUCUUGACGAAGCAUUCGUAAAAAUGCAUCCGGAUCGCGAAUUAGACCGGCUAGGGAAAUCUCGUGGUGAUUUAAAAUGGGGCCAGGUCAUAUGCCUACACAACAGUUCUAUUGAAGUGGAAUGCAACGGCCGGACGCUGAAGAUAUUUGGCUCUCCCAUGACACCAAAAUGUGGGAACUUUGGCUUUCAACAUGAUCCUGAUAAAGAUAUUUGGGCAAAUACAGUUCCCGACGGCACAGAUAUACUGCUCGCGCAUGGUCCACCAGCUGUAUAUCUUGAUGAGGGAAAGGGUUGUAGGCACUUUCUGACAGAGAUAUGGCGUUCUCGACCAAAGCUGCUGGUCUUUGGGCACAUACAUGACGGCUGGGGGGAGGAAAUAAUCACGUUUGAUCGUGUCCAAGCAUGUUAUGAGAAUGUUAUACUGGGAGUACGGCCAUGGAUCAGUGUUUUCAAGUUGAUGUUAUAUAACCUUUCGCAAGUGCUGAGGAGGACUGCUUUUGCUGGGAACAGUGCUCUCUCAACGCAUUUGGUCAAUGCUGCGAUAGUUACUGGCCCCAGUAAUGAGGAUAGGAGGAAGCCAAUCAUUACAUACAUGUAA